GUCAGUAAGAGAAGACUCUCUCUCUGUGUUUUUCUCUAUAAACCAGAAUUAGCCGGAAUGGCAGUGACAGAGUAGAGCUUGGUCGCCGGGUGCUCACUCUCCUAGCCCAAUGAGCCGGUGAUGAGGCAGGGCAAGAAUGGCUUGAGGCUUCUUCCCGGGCUCUCCCCUCCCUUUCUAGCCAUGGACCCGGCCGGGAGGAUGGAUACAGCGGGUUCUUCAUGCCGAGGUGCUGAGAGUCCAGGGGACUGUGGUUCUGGAGGUCGGCCUGGGACCCUGUUUGCCCUGAUGUGUCACCUGUCUGUCUGAACUUCAGGUGCGACCUGCUGCCAUGGGGGGCUCAGUGGGAGUGACAGUCUGCAGGGAGGGGGCUCAGUGAGAGUCAUAGUCUGCAGGGGGACAGUCUGCCCGGGCGGGAGGGGGCUUAGUGGGAGUGAUAGUCUGCAAGGGGGACUCAGUGGUAGUGAUACUCUGCAGGGGGGCUCAGUGGGAGUGACAGUCUGCAGAGGUGGCUCACUGGGAGUGGUAGUCUGCAGGGGUGGCACAGUGGGAGUGGUAGUCUGCAGGGAGGGGGCUCAGUGAGAGUGGUAGUCUUUAGGGGACAGUCUGCCCAGGGAGUCUCACUGGGAGUGAUAGUCUGCAUGGGGGUGGGGGGCUCAGUGGGAGAGACAGUCUGCAUGGGGGGGGGGCUCAGUGGGAGAGACAGUCUGCAGAAGUGGCUCAGUGGGAGUGAUAGUCUUUAGGGGAAAAGUCCGCCCAGGGGGCUUAGUGGAAGUGAUAGUCUGCAGAGUGAUACUCUAGUCUACAGGGAGCAGUGUGCCCAGGGAGUGAUAGUCUGCAGGGGAUCACUCUGACCAGGGGGGCUUAGUGAAGUGGUAGUGGGGGGGGGGGGGCAUUAUUGGGUAUGGUGCCCUGCUAUGAUUGUCUGUGCCAACUAUUGAGUUUGAUACAUUGCUGUGUGAGUGUGCAUUAUUCAGUAUGCUGCCAUGAGUGUACAGUUUUGAGUGUGGUAGCCCUGUAAGUUACCCUGUGAGUGUGCAUUAUUGAGUUCUGGGGGGAGUAUAUAUGUAAUGGGCUGUUAUGGAUGUGUAAAAAAACUAGAUUGUUGGGUAUACUGACCUGCUUGUGUAUGCGUGAACCACUUUGUAUUUAUGUUUUAAUAUAUUAAGAAAUAUGUUUGUGUAAACAAUAUCCAGAUAACAAUCUGUCACAAUUAUUUGUUAUUGUACACAACAGCACAGCAGUGUAAGUAAUAUAUAAUAUGUAAAUGUUUACUGGUUGAGUAUAAUCAAUAUUCAGAUUAUAUAUAUAUAUAUAAUGUGUGUGCGUGUAUAUACAUUGUAAAUACAUGUUAUUUUGACUAUAUCUUUGCAUUGUAUGUAUAUAUGUAUCAAUAAUAAAGUGUGUUUCCUUAUUUUUUUAUUACUGAUAUCUUAGCCAGGGCCAAGCACAAUGUUAAUUUCAAACACCAAUUGAUUAAAUGAAAAAGACAGUGUGAGAAAUGUACAUCUUAAAUUUAAACAAGACCCAGCUCUCUUCUUUUUUGCCAAGAUAAAGCAGCUGGUGAGGUUACUUUAGGUCAUUAUCAGCCUAUAGACGUUUGGAGGACAGAAUCGUCACAGCCAACUGGUUUUCUGUAGCAAAAAUUAAAGCAAGUGUGUUCCUGUCUCUUAACUGCUCGAGGGGAGCGCACCUCUUGGCAGAGAACAAAUUAAUCUGUGUGUUUUCCUCCUCUGUGAACAGCAGAAGGAUUUCCUGCCUUUUUGUCUCCCUGGCUGGUACAAAGCCAUCCAGAGGAUGAUGUCGCACACAUGCUUGCAUUGUGAAAUUGGCAAGAAACACUCUGUUUCUUAAGGACAAAGCCUGGGCAUGUGGCUGGCAGGUCGCUGUACCCUCCCUUGUCAGCAUGAUUGGGUAGUGCCCUUGCCCCUGCAAGAACAAGCCUGAUCUGUUGCAUCUGACAGUUUUAAAAAGCGGCCAAGGCUGAACGGUAUAUUCUAAAAGAUAUUUUAUUAAGGCAACCAUACAUUUAUUCACAAAAGGCGUAUAAAUAUAUAGCUGUACGUGGAAACAUGUACAUGGAAAGACAAAAGUAUGAUUAGAAUAUUGUGCAAGAAACAGCGUUAUUCUUUGUGUUAUCUUGUUGCAGCAUUAAAUAUGUGUUGAUAGGCAUCUCCGGCCCAAGCUGCCUUCUUUGUUAGAUGAAGAUGUGAGCGAUUCGUUAUAAUGCUCUGGGUACUCUAUAACACAUAACGUGAUCUGGAUGCCGGAAGGUGAUGCAACAUAGUUACUGGCAGGCAGUUGAGGGAUGAGAGGUUGAGAUGACAGACCCUGGGAAGUUGGUUUAGAUUAGAAUAUGAAGGAUGAUGGUUAGAUAAAUUUCCCCGAAUUAAAAGUUGAAUUUCUCUCUCUGGACUUGCUGCAUGAAGCCUACUGUACUCCUGUGGUGUCACCAUCUUUAUGGGCAUGCCUCUUCUCCAUCUCCAGUUUUACUGUGCUGUUAACAGAUACUAUUGCACUUGAAGCUUGUCAUAUGGUUCUUGUUCGCUGGAGAUUACCAGUGUUUCAGAUUAUUUCUCUUGGAAUGCAAUUUGUACUGUGAAUAGCUUAUAGUUGAGCUUUGGCACAUUAGGGAAUCCAUACAUAAUGUCCGGUCACUUCUGUCAGUGGUUUUAAUGUUGUGGCUGAUCAGUGUAUUGCAUUAUCCACUGCAGCAUGAGUGGUGUAAUAGUUGAUGGAUUAGCCCUUUUGUAUGGCCCCCAAAGACUACAACGCCAAUGGGACAUCAGGUUCUGGAAAGGACCUGGUGUCUAAAACCCUAGGCAAGUUAUUUUAAAAGACGUGGAGCGACACCAUCUCUUAACCUUCGCUAUUCUGUCCAACACAGGUUCUUUCCUCUGAUAUUUUUAUAGUGUAGUGACUCAUAUUGCCAUAGCUGCUAUCUUCAUUCAUGUUUGGCAAAUGUGAUACUAUAAAAAUGGAAUUUAGUGGGAUGUGGAAGUGGAGGGUUCACCUUAAAAGCCACCUUCCCUACACCUUGUGCCUCCCCUUCCCGGUAAGCAGUCAAAAAAAACAACUCAGGAGCAGGUCAAUUCUGUAAUAGUAAGAUUUAUGGUAAAGGAAAACCAGACUAGAAAGUCUGGACUAUUAACAACAGCUAAGCCAGACUGAAUUGGCAUCUUGCCAGAGAAAGAGUUUUGCAAAACAUGAAAUCGGGUAAUGUAAGGCCUCUUAUUCGGCAACACUGUGGCAGUAAGUUUUCACUGCCAAUGCAAUCUUUCCUGGAAGCGUCAAUGUACUCUUCAGUGACACUGGGAAGAACAGAUAUGUAAUAUGUACUGCGUAGCAUCUCCAUAAAACUUUUAACUUUUGCGACUUUUUCACAAAAUUCCCUAUUUUAAAUGGAACUAUGAAGGAUGAUGGUUAGAUACGUCCCCUCCAAUUAGAAGUUGAAUUUCUCUCUCUGGACUUCACGGGUGCAGGAAGCCUACUGUACUCCUGUGGUGCCACCAUCUUCAUAGGCAUGCCUCUUCUACUUCUGGACAGCGGCUUUACUGUGCUGUUGCUAACAGAUACUAUUGCGUUUGAAGCUUGUCAGAUGGUGCUUGUUCGCUGGAGACCAAUGCUUCAGAUCAUUUGUCUUGGAAUGCCACUUCUACUGCGAAUAGCUUAUAGUUGAGCUUUGGCACCUCAGGGAGCCAUGCAUAAGGUCGGGUCAUUUCUAAAACAGAAGGCACCAAGUUCUUUAGAUGCAGGUUCUGCAACUAAAUGUGACAAAGUUCUGUCUCUUUUCAUGACAUAUUUUCAAUCUUUAUUCUUCAUAAAGUUCAUAGCAGCUGCAUCUGUAUUUAAGUGCAGAUGUUGAACUAACACUUUGGUGCCAGUCUAUCCUCUAAAUGAGCACUUGAUGAAAGUGGAUCUGAUAGCGAAUCGUUUCAAUUAUUUAUAUAGUACCAACAUAUUCCAUAGUGCUGUAAAAUAGAUAAGACAAAAUUCUAUUUCUAACCAAACAUGUAUGGCAUACAGGAACAGUAGCUGAAGAGAUCUCUGCCUAAAAGAACUCACAAUCUCAGUGUAUGUUCCUGGAUAAAGCUCCAUCUUGCUCUAAUGGUUGCACUGUUUUCAUUAGUUGCGAGGUUUUUGGGCUGUGUCAAGGGUCGCUUCAUUAACAUGGCAUAAUCUUUAGAUUCACAGUAUGCCAUGAGCUGAAUGUAUGAUAUUUAUGAUGAAUGGGUCUCCUCUGUAAGCUGAUAGAGGCCAUGCCAUACUGCUGCAUUAUUAGUUAUUAGCCCCACCCCCUCUUAAAGCCCUUUAAAUAAAGUAUAACUUACCUGGAAUUCAGUGCCAGACGAAGUUCCCUUUACUGGAUUCCAGCCCUGUCCAAAGUCACAGUCUCCCCCUCCAUGGUCCAAUCAAAUGUAUUUGAUUGGACCAUUCUCCUGGUUUAAAUUCCAUGCGUGCUCUCUGAGCCAGGGAGAGGAGAGAGUGUGGGUGUAAAAAAACAAGGGGAGAAAAAAAUACAGAGCUCUACAAGGAGGCAGGGAAGGCAUGGAGAGCUCAGUUGAUGGAAGGAGGGGAGAUCACGUUUUCAGUGUAUGUUUUGCACAGAACUGAUAUUAGGUAUCAUUCCGUGCUGUAGUGAGAUAGCAGCAGGGGAGUGAAAGGCCAUGUGGUUGCAGGUUCUCUUUAAUACUGCUUUUUCUAAGAAAAGGCACUAUUCCCAUUUACCCUACGGCCAACCUCUAGUUGCUUUCACUCAGACAGCCACUAGAGAUCCUUCCGUGUGUUGUCCUGCAAACUUUGCUGUAUCAAUGUUGGAUACACCUAACAUUUCCCAUAGAGAUGCACUGAUUGGUUGGUUAGCGCAGAGAGGCAAUUGCAACACAUGCACACUAGCCCCCCAAUGCCUCCCUAUGGGGAAGAAUUGGUUGGCUGAGACCACCUGGAAUGAUGAUCUCAGCCAGGGUGAGGAGCAGUGGCCUAGUUCCCCCUUCCUUUCCUUUUCCUAAAAGUAUGUUUUACUAUUCUUUUUUUUUGCUGUAAAAUUAUAAAAAAUGUAUAAAAACAAUUUGAAAAGAAUUGUGGGGUAUGGGUUAAAGCAGCCUCAUAAAGGGGCCACAGCUGCCACAUGUAUCUUCAUCUUUGAACUGGGAGCUGGAUAGAGGGCUUAUUUAGCUUGCGGUAGGCUCCUGUCCCUCCUAAUAAUUAUACAUGAGUUCCAGGCUCCCACUAAUCCUCUCACCCAAAUUAUGGUGAUAUAACCAACAGUGGAGGGAUGCCAAAUUAACUGGCAAAAUAGCUGUAUUUAUAAUGUGUCUAUUCAUCCUAGCCUGCUGCUUAGUGAAUAAAUCACUAGUUCUCACCAAUAAUUAUAUACUAAGAUAUACAAGAGAACAUAAAACAUUUUAUUUUUUUAUUACAGAAGCAUAAAAGUUGGGAAAGUGGCUAUAAGUACUGUCACGGCUCCAACCAGCUUAUUUCACUUUGUCUUCUUGAAAAGAACAUUAAAAUUGUAACCUUAAAAUGCGUUCAGCGGACUUUGUCUUCUGCUGACAUGCCAUUUUUUUAUUUUUUUUGGUGAUGAACUAAUAACGUGUUGCUCCCCACACUCCAGCCCUGCACCCUGAGCUAAUUACACAAUGGCUGAACUUCAGCAUGAUGUGAAAUAUGAACCCAUGUACUCCUUCCAAAUAUGGGAGGAUACUGAACGGAUCCUUCAAAUAGUCAGCACUUACUGAUUGUGUGACCGAGGCAACAACAGAUAAGAUGGAAUGGUUUGACACUGAACUAUGAUUAGGUUAGCAUUGGCUAUAUAAUGACAUAAGAAUAUGAAUACAGAGAGAAAUAUGUAACGAAUGGGAUAGAUUUAGAAGAAUAGAUAGAUGGAGAUACAGAGAGACAGACAGACAGUGAUGGGGAGGGAUGGAUAUUUAUGUGUAUGUGUGUACAUAUACCUAUUAUAUAUAACAGCGCUGCAGAAUCUGUUGGCGCUUUAUAAAUAAUAAUAAUGAUAUAUAAAUAGAGAGAUUUAGAGAUAUAGAUUUUAAAAAAGGAUAGAUAGAUCGGGAACGAUGACUGAGAAAGACAGGAAUAGAGAGGAGACAGAGAGAUUGAGAUAGCAAUGUUACUAAAAAAAAAGAAAAAGAGAGGGGGACGAUAGAUAGAGAGGGGUAGAGAUAGCUAUAGAUCUAGAGAGAGACUGAUAAAAAAAGGAGAUAUUUUUACGUAGCUGGAGAAACAUAGACAGAUAUUGAGAUAGCUGCAUUCAUCGAAAGAGAAAAGGAUUAAGAGAAAGAACGGAAGUGGAGUGAAGGAAAUUGACAGGUAGGUGGACAGAGAGAGAAUCAGAAUGGAAAAAUAUAGACAGUCACACAGAUGUGGGAAAGACUGGUAGCAAAAUGUUAACAUAUUAUCUGUGUGUGUGUGUUUGUGAUAUAUUGGCAUGUGUAUGAAGGUGCAUAGAAGAUGUGUUUCUGCAUACGUUGCUCAUUAUAUUUCACGUUGUAUCCACUAAAAGAGGCUUCUGACCGUGGCUGCGAUUAAAUGUUGUUUCAUAAGCUUUUCAAAUUAUUUAAUAUUUUUAAAAAAACUUUUAAAAUGAUUUAACAUUAUGAGAAAUAUUUAAAAUUUUGUAAUAUUUUGAUAUUUUUGGCAUGUUGAUAAAAAUUUUAUUAAAAAAAAGAAUUAAAAAAAGUAUCCAAAAAUGUAAAUCAUUUGAAAAAGCUUAUCCAACAGUAUUGAAUCGAUACCCAUCCAUAUUUGCAAAAAUCCAGUUUAAGUUUGAAGAACACUCCAAGAACCAUAAACACUACAGUUAUCAAGCAUUAAGCUAUGAGUUAAAUCCCUCCAGCACCUUAAAUCUUAAUACAUAAUGAAAAGUUAUCUGUACUGCACAAAAUGGAAUUGUUAGUGGAGUUUACUGUAUUUUUCAUGACAGCCCUAAUAACAGGAAUUUGGACGUCACUUUCUGUAGACUUGCAAAUUCAUUUUACAGACGCAUGAUAAGAGAAUGUGUAAUUUCACGUUGCAGUCCUCUACAUGGUUUGAAUCUUGCUGGAUGGUAACAGAGAGUCCAUAAUAAAUACAAUAUGGAAUUUGCUGUUAACUGUAUUUAAAAACAGUUGCUUUGUACCUUUGUCCUUUUAACCUUGUUGAUUACGGAAUGGGGACUUCAUUAUGAAAGGCUUUACGGACACGCUUUUUAAAAUGUACAUCUAGGUAUUUUUGCUUGAAUGCGUACCAUUGAAAAUCAGAGUUAAUUUUUAAUACCCGUUAAGGCAUUGCUAGUUCAGUGUGAAUAUGCCUAUAGAAUUAUUGGCGUUAACUUUGUACCCAGUGAGGAUUCAAUGCAACAGUAGUUCUUGGAAAAGGUAAGUUUGGGAUUUUUAUGGUUAUGCCAUCCGCAAUAGAAAAUUGUCAGGUAAAAUGACAGCUCUUGCAAUUCUAAUCUAGCUACCUUGGCUGUUGGGAAAUAUUUUAAAUGUAGUGACUGAGAUGAUGCUGUAGUUCGCUCUUUGAAUUGCUUAUUAUUUAAAAGCUAUCUCUAAGUUCAGCUGGCACACAUGGCUCUCCUGAGACCAAAGAAGCAACUCAGUAAGGAUCAAACGUCAGGGCAUCUCAGCAAGUUCAGCUGGUGACAAUUAUUGAUUUUUUAAAUUUAUUUUUUAUUUAUAGCCUGAGUAAAUUUGCACAAUCUGUAUUCUUGGGCCCCUUUAUGUUAUAGGCUCUCGUGUUCGUUGAGUUCCAGGUCAGUGUUUGAAUCAGCCUUUGCAGAGUUUGCUUGAGGUUUUUGUACCUUGUCAAUUGUUUUGUCGUUAUGAUUUCUGGUCUGAUGUCGUGCCAAUACUGAUUCUUGAGAUAUUUUCAAGCACUAACAUAAUAAAGUAAAUGACUUGCUUUGAAUGAUCCCGUUGUGCCAUAAUGCAGGCACAUUGAACAUGGGUUUGAUAUUCGUUAUAUACCUUUCCUGGUGAAAUGACUUGACAUAAUUAUAUCCUAUAAUGAAACCUAUACUUUAAUAUUGCUUUAAUGUUUGUGAUUUUUCUGUACAAGGUACAGUAGUAAUUCAGAUGUUGAGAUUUAUUGUCAGAUAGGACACAAAAACUUACACUGUUUAAGCCUUAAUCAUUUUAAGUCCUUUCUAAACUGUUUGAAUUGCUAAUGCUGUGUAGCCUUGUAUAGAGAGUAUACUUGUUGGGGAGUGCGGGUUCCCCUGCAGUGCUCUGAUGACUGCUGUUUAUGCGGUGCUUUGACUCUGCUUUGUAUGCAACAUUUCCAGUUUGUUAGAUUUCCUCUCUAAAUUGAACUAGUUUUCAGUGAGGUCCUGGAUCUAUGAUGAGAAUAUAUAAAAAUGACAAAGUUCAAUCUGGUCCUCAGCCAAGUAUGAAAAAGGCUCAUUAGCUCAUUUGACAUUUGGGAGUAUUGCAAACACAUUUCAACUUGCUGGUAAAAUGUAUUCCCUAUGAGUAUAGGCUGCGUAAGAUUACAGACAGCUUGUGUCUGAGAGAUUCAGAUCUGAAAUGCUAGAAAAAAUUGCAUAUGCUUGAUAGUUUCAGGCAUACCCAAGGUAUUUAAAUGCUGAUUAUAAGGGUCUCUUUAUAUGACCCCAAGCCAAAUUACAGUCUGUUUGAUUUGUCUAGGUUUAAUAUGUCUGCAAUGUUGCAUCUCGUCUGCUCUUAUGGGUAUGAAAUCCCUGCUGAGUGUCACAGUGUCCAGUCUCGAUAUGUCCUCUGUAAUGUCAUAAUAUAGUCUAUCAAGGUUUUACUGAUUUGGUACCAUUCCAUGUGAAAAGGACACUGCAAGCAUCAUUACUACUACAGCUUAUUGUAUUAUCACGGUUUUUGUGUUAUUAAUAUUAGAGCUUAUUGUAUUAUUACGGUUUUUGUAUUAUUACAGUUUAUCGUAUUAUUGAAGUUUUUGUAUUAUUACAGCUUAUGGUAGUGGUGCUGAGACCCUAUUGAAUUGAUGUGGUCUCUAAGUGUUAAACUGUUUUCAGGUGGUUUGACAAAAACUGGAGAAUCCCCAGCACCCAAAAAUUGCUGUCCAUCUCCUGGAAACAUCAAUGAGGACUUUUCACUUUCUAAAUCUCUGUUUAAAUAUUGUUACAGUGAAUGCUCACAAUGUGCAAUGAGAGGCUAUUUUGCCUUAGGUGCCAAGGUUUACCAAAGUACUGUUACGAUUCUCAUGGAGCUGGACUAUAACUUUGGGACUAUAGGUUCAGGUUCUGUUUUUGCCCACCCUCCUUUGUUAUUAAAAAAUAUAAAUUAACUAACAAUUACUCACCUUGUUUCCAGAGCUGGGAGCAGCCAUACCCUCAACCUUUGAAGACAUCAGCAUGCCUGCUGAAGUCUUCCGCAAACUCAAAGAAGCAAUGGAUUAGAGAUACGCAUGCGCGGCAAAGUGCCUCACUCCACCAAUCAAAUGCUGCUAUCACGAUUUGAUUCCAGGACGAGUUUCACACAGUCUGGAGGAGGAAGCAUUUUUAGUGACUGACAGUAUGACAGCCACUAGAGGUGUGUUUAAGCCUGCAAAAACUGCAAUAUUUUAGAUUGCAGGGUUAAAAUAACAGGACCACUGCAGCUAGACCAUUUUAUUGAGAUUAAAUUGUCCGUGUGAUGUUUGGGGUUCUUUGAGGAUGCUAAAAGCCUAACGUGCUGUAGCUGAACCAUGUUGCUCUGCAACUGUAUUAAUGGCAUACAAUGAAACAAAUCUGGCUGAUUGCUGGCACUUACUGCUGAAACACCCUUUAGGCUCAAUUACAAGUACUAACCAUGGCAUGAAAUUGCUUUCUGACCAGAUGUGAUCUUUGUACAUGUCUUUGAUUCACCCUAAAUUGCAUCAUACUACCAACGAUCAAAUUACAUUAUAUCCACAAUUUACAAUGCUCUGGAUUUUAAGAAAGCUAAAAAUGUCCUUCAUUCCACUGCCAAGGCCAAGUUCUCCAUUCAACUUGAUUCUCCUCUCCAGAUGUCUCUUCCUCUCACUGUUGGGGGAGUGUUGUAGGGGGGAAAACAUGUACAGCAUGGGGACGACAACACUGUACUGCAAUUGGGCGACGGCAUGCUCCAAGUGCUGAUGUCCAGUAUGCACAGAAUUCAUAUUACCUACCCAGAACUUGUUCUAGACUGGCUGUUGAUGCCCCAAUGAUGCUGCUGGAGGUGGAGUUACAACUCUGGCAGAAAAAGGGGUUAAGCUGACUGAAGUGGUUAAGGUGUUUGUAGUAACCCUUUAACCCCUUAAGGACACAUGACAUGUGUGACAUGUCAUGAUUCCCUUUUAUUCCAGAAGUUUGGUCCUUAAGGGGUUAAGCAUAUGCAUUAAGCAUACCCCCCAACAACCCUGAAUCUGACGUGAAAGUCCUUAUUCAUUUUGUUUUAGUUCUGGGAAAAGUUCAGUGCAAUUGCAUCUUAUAGUGUGAGCAAGUCCAGUGCAGGACAUAUCUGUCCUAACUACUGCUUUUCAUUAGGGCUUUGCGCAUGGGCAGUCUUGCUUGGCCUCACCCCCUCUCAUUCCGAGAGAAUUCCGGGAGGUGUGUUUAAGCAAGAUUUACUGGAGGUGCUUGAUAUUUAGGUCAAAGUGCAAAAUGUCUACCAACACUGGGAUGUAUGUAAGAAAGACCAGGACAGGGCAGUGGAGAACAUGUCAGGCAGUCCGCAUCACUGUUUUGUGCAUGCAAGCAUCUAUAAUGUGUUUAUUAAGGGAUAACUCAUGCAUAACUCAAAAACAUUGGGUCUGUCCUCACAAAUCUGGGACACUUGGAAGGAAUGGUUCAAGAAAUCUUGGGAUUGAUGCACUGAUAUCUUGAGUGGUAAAUUUAUAAUUCUUGUAUGUGGCAAAUUAGAUAGGUCAGUUGACAUUUAUCUCCCUUUAAAAUUGAUAUUUUGUCAUAUACUUUUGCACUACAGUACAAAUGUAUAAGUCAGGAGAAAAAGGUAAUGUGAAACCUCUUUAAUAACUCAUCCAAGGAUGUCAUGAUCACAGUUGUUUACAAACAUAAUCUCUCUUGAAAUGCUGUUGGAUAAUUAUUAACUCGCAUGUGAAGACCUAUUUAGGUGAGAGGUCAUUUACUAAUCAGCAAGCUGACAAAUUACAAAUUUAGGCUAAAAUUACCAGAUUGCACAUAUAUUCCGUCUACUUUUUGUUUUUGACUAAUUUGGCCUUUUUUGGCCUCCAUUUGCCAUUAUGUGAGCUUACCUCCAUAUGCUUUUGUAAAUUAGAUUUCUUAUUCAAAUGUUAUACCAUGAUGGGGGAUAAUUUGAAUUUGGGACAAUAAGUAAACAAAAUAAACAAAUGGGGAAUAAAUGGCUGUCUCAGUAUUUUUUUAAGAACUUACAGAGUAUACUGCAGUCAGUCAGAUUUCAUAAUUUAUUAACCUUUCCUUUUACAUAAGGUCCCACAACUUUAAUAUAAAAAUAUAAAGUAAAAUAAAAUCACAACUUCCUAAUGAGCUUUACAAUUUAAACUGGAUAACCCUUCACCCAAUUGUGUGCUUGUGAAUCACACAAAACCCAGUAAAAUAAAGUGAUGCUAAAAACCUAACUAGAGGUCAUUUAGAGAGACCUGCUUCGUCAGGGAACACUGCGAUGAUGAAAGACGCCACAUUUACAAAUAAUGGAGUCAUAUUUCGGCUCCUGACUUCAGUAGACGGACCGCGAGGCGCGAGGGAGCAGAGCAGGAAGAUCACAGCUCCCUCCCCGCCUCAGAUGUCAAUACAGCCGCACGCCUCCCAGCAGCCCCACUGGACCCCCAAAGACAAGUAGGAAGGCUGGGUGAAAAAAUAGUAUUAUAAUAAUAUUAAUAAUUAGUGAGUGUGUGUAUGAGUGUAUCUGUUAGAGUGUGUGUGUCUGUCUGUGAGUAUGUGUGUGCAUAUGAGUGUCUAAGUGUCUCUGAGUGUGAAUGUAUGAGUGUGUCUGUCAGUGUGUGCAUUUUUGAGUGUCUGUCAAAUCAGCAAGAGUCUGUUUGUCAUUGAGUCUGUGUUUGACUAUCCGUGUGUCAUUCAAUGAGUAUCUGUCAGUGUGCAUGUGUGUGUCUGUCAAUGAAUGAGUGUGUGUCAGAUCAGUAGUAUGUGUCUGUCAGUGACAUCUGUGUGUUUGUCAUUGAUGUGUGUGUGACUGUCAGUGCGUAUCUGCCAGUCUGUGUCUGUUGGGGAAUGUGUGUGUGUGUGUGUGUCAAAUCAGCGAGUCUGUGUCUGUCAGUGAAUGUGUGUAUGCUUGUCAGAGUGUGUGCUUAAAGGGACACUAUAGACACCCAGACCACUUCAACUCAUUGAAGUGGUCUGGGUGCAGUGUCCCACUCCUCUUUAACCCUGCAAGUUUAAUUAUUGCAGUUUCUCAGAAACUGCAAAAUUAUCUUGAGGGGUUAACUCCUUACGGGUGGUUAGGCGACCAAAAGUUGCCUAACUGGUGCUGGACGUCCUCACUCUGUGUAUGAGGACAUCCAGCGUCUGCUAAAUCCCCGUAGGAAAGAAUUGAUACAUUUCCUAUGGGGAAGCAUAAUGCAAGCGCGGAGUAGAAGCCUGACCCAGCGCUGAGGGACAUCGGCGCUGGAUUCAGUUAAAUGACUGAAGAAGUUUUAACCUUCAGUGCCGAGUAAGGGGGGAGAGCAAGAGGGAGGGGGCACUACAGGGAACAAUAGUGCCAGGAAAUGCUUUAACAGGAGUAGGAAAUGGUGGAGUCUAAAGAGGAAGGGGUGGGUUCUUAAUCAGGAAGAGGUGCGGCCUUGACCGGUAGGGGUGGGGCAAAAUUAGAUUAGGGGAGUGCCCAGGUUUAGUCAUCCCUAGGGCAGCAACAAACCAAAAUACACCACUGAUUGGAGCUGACUUUUCUUGUGCUUUUUGGUCAGUAAUGGUCUACAUCUUGGAGUUUUGUCAUGGAAACCUUCUGCGUUUAGUACACGCCUUACUGAGCUCACUGAAUCCUCAGUGCCUAUGGCCAAGUCUUGCUGCAGGUCUUUUGCAGUCACUUGAGGGUUUUUCACAACCUAGUUUCCGUUUACUGCCCCGUCCAGGUAGUGUAACCACUGUUCCUUCAACUUUGAACUUGCAUACUAAGCUUCCAUCGGUGUCUCUAAGAACAUUCAGUGCCUUCGCUAUCUUUUUGUAUCAGGUUCCUUGUUUGUGAAGGGCAAUGAUCUCUUCUUUUAACUUUGUGGACCAUCAAACAUGCAGUCAAACGUGACACUCAACAAACCCCUUACCAGCUCAGGUAUUUCAAGUGUCCCAGCUCAUGCACACCUGGUGCAACUAAUAAAGCCCUUGAUUAGCCUCAUUAGGUGUGCUUGACACAACACAUAUUUCGUAUAUUUGUGCUGUUGUGAGGGAUUCUAUUCAGGGGGUUGAAUAAUUUUGAGACUGGAGAAGACAUUUUUAAGUUGCAUUUUCAUUUGAAUUUGGGGAAACCACUUGUAGCAUUCAUGGUGUUGAGCUAUUUCAAUUGCUUUUGUUUGAUUUAUUCAUUGCAAACAGCUGAAAGGCUGUAAGUAUUGACAAUAAACUUGAAUUUCAAUGGGGGUUGAAUAAUUUUGAUUGCAACUGUAGGUAGAAAGACAGACAGACAGAUAGAUAUAGAUAUAUAGAUGUAGGACGUAAUGUCCUCAUAUCGAAAUUCAUCAGUGUUUACCAGUUUUAUAAAUGAUUGCCGUCAUCCAUAUUGCAGAAGAACAUAUUAUCUCCAGACUGUGAAUGCACGUAUCUGGAGCUGACUAUAAUGUUUUCUGUAAGAAUUCUCGUGGUGAUUCAGAAUAUAAUUAUUUCAGGCUGUUUUAUCGCAAAACAGUUUGGAAAACAAAAUGCUGAAAUCAAAAUAUCUAUUGGUUUAACAACAUUUUCCCUCCAGAAAUCAGUGGCGCUAGCAUCAAGAAUUGCAAGUUAUCUCUGUUACUGUCGUCUUCCUGCAAGUUUGAGCCAUCAGGCCAUCUUUUCUGAACUCUCCAAUUACAAAAGUGCUUGCCCUCCCCAGGGGCAAAAAAAAUUAAUAUCUCUCUCGUCUUUUUUUUUUUUAAUAAUACAUCAAUAUUUUGGAUGGCAUUAGUAGUAUAAAGAUGAAGUGUUUUUACUUCUUAGAUAAAAUACCACAAUUUAAAUCAUCCUAUUUGCCAUUAUUGAUGGAUUAUGGACCAGGGUUGGUUUGUACUUGUCUUGCUAGCAAAAUAAAUACAGGUAUUAUAGACUGCUUUUGUUGAGCACAUUGUAUGUGAGCCUCUGUUGCUUUGGUGCCCAGCCUGUGGAUGUGUUUUGGGGAGCUGAAAGGAAUGCAUAUUAGGAGAAGAAUGGGUGAUACAUGAGGAAAGAGGGCAUUCGUUUUAGUUAUAAUCAACUGGAGGCUGACAAACUCAUUAGCAGUUUGAGGCUUCCUGAAAUUGCAAUACAAGACCGAUAAAAGAACAGAUUAAAAGCAGGCAGUGAUAUAAACAGCUUAGGAACUGACUGAUAGCAGACAUAUACUAUAAACAGCUUAGGAACAGAUCAAUAAAAGACAAUAGCCGGAUAUUGAUUAGUUCCUUAUAGGCUUGUAGUACGUUUACGGUAGUAGGAGGUUGUUAAAGGUGUGGGUGCUAAGAAAGUACAAACUUGCUCUAAAUCCUUUAUGUUGUUGCACUUGCAGCUGACUCCUUUCCUUCUCCCUGUCUGCCUGUAGUAUACUCGGUUUAAUAGUACUUAGUUUACAGGUGGCAUUGUGAUGGGGUACACAGCUAGAGAUAAUAUCUGCUACUUAUUUUAACAAACACCCUGCAUUUAAAGGAAAUGUGUUUUCAGGUUUGGACUAGCAGCCGAAUCAUAUUUCAAAGGCCUGGGCUGAGAUAAUGGCCUUGGAGUUAUCAGGCAAUAUAUGUAUUAUAAAAUAUAAAAUAGCAGGUAUUCAAUCCGGUGGACCAGCAAAUAAUGUGAACAUAUGUUUUUUGCUUUGUAUUUGUGACAGCCAGGAGACAGAAUGCCAUAACUGCCAGUAUGAGUGGUAUGAAGCCAGUGUUGGUCAGGAAAGGACCAGUCUGGACGGAAGCCAGCGAUGCUGGCACCAUGCACGUUAGAAUGGCAGGCAGCUUACCAAGCAAUCAUUGGGGCCUUGCCCACAGACACACCGAACGUUUUCUAUUUUGGGCAGAAAUGCCAGGUGCUUAUUAGGGCCAGGGUUGGCAAAACCCAGUUUAGUAGAUAAAAUAAAUAAGGUCCAGGCAACAAAAAGUGCAACGUUUCCACCUACACAGAGGCCUUAAUCAAGGUUGAUAAAGGCCUCUGUGUAGGCCGAAACUUUGCACUUUUUGUUCCAAUAAACUUGCCUUCCUGCAGCAAUCCUGAGUGCCUGGACCUAAUUUAUUUUAAAGGACCACUCUAGGCACCCAGACCACUUCAGCUUAAUGAAGUGGUCUGGGUGCCAGGUCCCUCUAGGAUUAACCCUUUUUUUUAUAAACAUAGCAGUUUCAGAGAAACUGCUAUGUUUAUACUGAGGGUUAAUCCAGCCUCCAGUGGCUGUCUCAUUGACAGCCGCUAGAGGCACUUGCGUGAUUCUCACUGUGAAAAUCACAGUGAGAGCACGCAAGCGUCCAUAGGAAAGCAUUGUAAAUGCGCAUGCGCAUUCAGCCGAUGACGUCGCGAGCAAGGAGGAGAGGAGGAGUACAGCUCCCCGCCCGGCGCUGGAGAAAGGUAAGUGUUUAUCCCCUUCCUCUCUCCAGAGCACGGCGGGAGGGGGUCCCUGAGGGUGGGGGCACCCUCAGGGCACUAUAGUGCCAGGAAAACAAGUAUGUUUUCCUGGCACUAUAGUGGUCCUUUAAGUGCAGCAGUGAAAGCAUUUAGACACAGCUGGGCUAUACUUGGUGAUUUUCCAUGAUGUCCCCAGAAGUGGGACUAUCCCACUGGAACAGCACAAUUUGUUUGUAUUUAAUGCAAGAUGUACUUAUUGCGUUUUGUCCAGUGAAAUGUUGGGUGUAUCACAGAGUAAGCAAACUGUACAAAAAAUGGAGAAUAGGGAGUCAGAAUCACUAUGGAUGAAGGAACAACAGAAUAACACUACAAAGUAUCAAAUUUGUUUGUUUUUUGUUUUUUUAUUUAUUUUUUUGAUGUGCAUAUAAAAGACAAAUUAGCCUGCGAGGCCACAUCAGCUUUCACAGAGAGUGAUUGCAUGUCGGUACAGAAUUUGCACAUAUUGCUAUUGUAAAAUAUAACGGUGCAUGGCAUUUCUAGGCUAAAGCACAGUUUUAUAGUAUAGUAGAGAUGACAGGAGAAGAACACGGCUAGUCACAUCUAUCUAGCUAAUAAACAGUAUACAGGCUAUGUGUUAACAAAGAAAAGUGAGUUUUAUAGCCAGGAGACAUGCUAGGCUAAGUAAUAUAUGGAUAUAUUUGCUGAACUACACACAUGCUGAAUGCAGCUAGCCACAGAGACAUAACCAAUGCUACUUGAAAUGAAGCGUGCUUAUAUGGUGUAAGAGGUAGCCACUGUAAGAGCGUUAAGUAGGAAGGUGUAGGAACGCUUAACUGGGUGCCUUUAGCCCCCUAGGAGAUAUGUGGGAUAGUAAGAGAGGCCAGCGUUUAAAGAGUCAUUAUAAACAAAACUUAUGGGGUUAGACAGAGCUGUGCCAGCAGAUACCGUGUGGGGAGAAAAGAUGAGUGGUCAUAUGCCUUUGAAUUCCCAGUCCAUGAGCUCAUCUCAUCCGAUGCCUACUGAGGGGAGAGCAGAGUCCCAGAACAGCGAUGCAAUGCCUCAGGGCCUAGCGAAGGCAGGCUGGUCCUCGCGAUGGGCAGGGUUGGUGCUAUCCCUUUCAACAGCUCUGCAUCCUGUCCCGCUGCAAGCCGCAAGCGAUCCUCAGGUACUUUAGGAGUCCCAGCCUUGGUUUGGGCUGUUUUCCAUCCAUGUGCCGGUUUCUGUUUGCGAGAUGAGGGCUUUUUGCUUCGCCGCCAUUUUGGGGCCUUUGUAGAGGCUGCGGGUGUCUGCUGCGGGCGCACGAGCUGCUGUGAAGGAAAGUGAUCAUUCGGCUGCUCAGGGGUGAUGCCAGGUGUGAUGCCAACUCUUAUCUAGAAUUUGUCAAAGAUUCUGUUGAGUCUGGUCGUAAGGUCACUUUGAUUGUAGACAGAGUCGUGGUGCCAUGUGGCGUCCACCAUGCUUGGUGGCUCACUUGAUUUCCCUGCGGUCUCAGUGACCUCACCCCUUGUGCCCAGUAGAGCAGACGAGCCUCUCAGGAGUGGACCGGGAUCACCCCCGCCGGUCCAGGGGGGGGAUUGCGGGCUGCUUGCAACAUGAUUAGGGCUGUUGAACCGCUCCGGCCUGGGAGAUUGGCCGCCUCUCCCAUCGCCCUCUAGGCCACAUGUGUCAGAUUUUGCUGCCAGGGAGCUUGUGUCACUUUUCCAACCUCCACAGUGUGCUGCAGUCAGGUCAGGAUGAAGGUAAGCCAUUGGGUGAGGUUGAUUUUGGGCUUGGUGAAGCUACAAACGGUUUGUAUUGCCCGAGUAGGAGAGGAGCUCAAGCAAGAUGUGACUCUCCACCAUGGCAGUCAGGCCCUGCCCCCAGUAUCAAAUGUUUUUCUGCAAUUAAUUUAACCCCUUAAGGACCAAACUUAUGGAAUAAAAGGGAAUUGUGACAUGUCUCACAUGUCAUGUGUCCUUAAGGGGUUAAAGAAGCUCCUUACCCAGAGGUGGCCACUUCAUUAGACCAAAUAGGCAGUUGCCUAUACCUUAUCUCACACUGAGACAGACUGCACAAUGAGGGACAUCCCAAGGAUCCUUCCCAAACCCCCAGAGAGCUACACCUAUGUAUAUCAUGGUUGAUUGACAUCAGCACUUGGAAAUAACAGACUUAUGUAAAUCCUUUACUUCUCCUGAUCUGUCUGUAUGUGUAAUAUUGGUCUCUUUUGUAUUUAUGGCUUUCAUACAGCACAGGAUGUGCAACAGGAGAGCAGUCAUGGAGAAGGAGCCAGAGAAGAGUGUAAAAGGCAGGCCGGAGACAAAGAGAGCAAACCCCAACAUUGAUGGUGGAUGGGCCUGGAUGAUGGUGUUGUCCUCUUUCCUUGUCCAUCUGCUGGUUAUGGGCUCUCAGAUGGCACUCGGGAUCCUUAACAUGGAAUGGUUGGAAGAAUUUGGACAAAGUAGAGGUCUGACUGCUUGGGUCAGUUCCCUUAGUAUGGGAAUCACCCUGAUUGUAGGUAUGUCAUUUCCUAUUUCUGAACAUUAUUGCUGAAUGUUUAUUUUUUAUAAACCAUACUUAAUAUUCACAGAUUAUAUAAGCCAUAUUCUACAGAUUCAGAGUACGGUCCUACUCUAGAUAUCCUGUGAAGGUCCAGGUUCACACUUGUCCCUAUAUAAUAGUUGGGAAAAAUCUUUUUGGAUGUUAAAGUGCAUGUUUUGCAAAUAUGAUAUAGGUUCUCUUUACUUUAAAAUUGUAUGUUAUUUGUUAUGUUUAAAAACAAACAAACCACGUUAAUUGGUGCCAUACAACAGAAAAGAAUAACAAUAAUGUUAACGUUCUUCGGACACACAUAUACAUAAAUAUACACUGAUCAGCCACAUACAGGUGAGUGAAUUACAGUGAUUAUAUAUUUACAGUGGCACCUGGGUGAGAUAUAUUAGGCAGCAAGUGAGCAGUCAGUUCUUGAAUUUCAUGUGUUGGAAGCAGGAACAAUGGGCAAGUGAAAAGAUCUGAGUGACUUUGACAACGGCCAAAUAGUGAUGGCUAGACGACACUAAGUGAGAGAAUUUUCAAAAUGGCAAGUUUCGUGGGGUGCAAGAGAGGACAUCUGCUGAAUCGGUGAAUGGGCACCAAAAGCUCCCUAAUGCACGUCGGGAGUGAAAGCUAGCCCACCUGGUCCAGUCACACAGAAGAGCUACUGUAGCUUAAAUUGCUGAAAAGCUUCAUGCUGGCCAUGUUAGAAAGGUGUCAGAAAAAACAGUGCAUCUCAGUUUGCUGCACAGUCGCAGAAUGGUCAUAGUGCCCAUUAUGACCACUGUCCACGGCCGAAAGCACCUUCAAUAGAGAUGUGAGUGUCAGAACUGGACUGUGGAGCAAUGGAAUAAAGUUGCCUGGUCUGAUGAACAAUGGUUUCUUUUACAUCAGGUGGAUGGCAGGGCUUGUGUGCGUCUUUUAUCUGGGGAAGAAGUAGGCAGGCCAACGGAGGCAGUUUUAAGCUCUGGGCAAUGUUCUGCUGAGAAACUUUGGGUCUUAGUAAUCAUGUGUAUGUUACUUUGAGGGUUACUAGAGAUUCCUGCAGACCACAUAAACCCAACACUCUAAGUACACAUGUGUCAUAUACUUUGACUCCUGUAUACGUCUUUAUAUCCAGGAUAUAAUGUAAAGGUAAGAGAGAUAUAUAAAUAGAUUAAAUAUGGACAAGAAAAAUAGGCUUGUAUAUUAGAUUUUUAAAGCCUUACAGCAGCUGUUUCCCUUAUGUUAAAAUGACAACUGUAUUUUAAAAAAUCCUAAAAAUGUUCUGUUAAUUUUCCCAGCUUGGAUAUUUUGUCCUGAAUAAUUUAUUUUGUCCUGAAUCAUGUGCAAACUCAUAACAACCCUUUGUUUAUUGAUCUGACCCAUAAUGUCCCUGACCCCAAGGGCUCCUUCUCAAAGCUAGAGAGCUUAGAAAGGACAUAUUCAAAUUCUAUGAACAGAAAGAGAAAGACUGUGAUUUAAUGUGAGCCAUAAUUACAUAUUGAUAUUACUUACACUGUUAUUGUGAUGAUCAUCUCUCUUCAGGUCCAUUCAUAGGGUUAUUCAUUAAUACAUGUGGGUGCCGGAAGACUACAAUGAUUGGAGGGUUCUUGACAUCUCUUGGUUGGGUCCUGAGUGCCUACGCCACUAGUGUGCAUUUUCUGUUCAUCACAUUUGGCGUGACAGCAGGUAAGAAUGUAUUCUAUGCUACUAGCAUUGCAAUAAUCUGACGUUAGUAGGUAACAGUUUCCUAGUGGAGCACCUUCGAAACAGAAAUAUAUUGCGUGCUUUAGACUAUUUUAAUGAAAUUAUGUCAACUAAUCCUGUCUUUUAAAUCAACUGUAACAAAAUGGACAUUGGUGCCAAAACUUUAAACCAGUUGUUGUUGGAUUAAACAUUCUGUACUAAUAGUCGGGCAGAAAGUUCUGAGAAAAUUAGUGGAACAAGUGAGGGAGCAGAAUAUAAGAGCCCUGGUUUAAAGGUUUAUUAUGCUAGAAUUGUAAUUUGCAUGAUUUAUGAUCUUAGUUUCAGUGUUUGUUUGUUUGUUUGUUUUUUCCCCAUAGGCAUUGGUAGUGGGAUGGUGUACCUCCCUGCAGUGGUCAUGGUGGGCCAAUAUUUUCAGAAACGCCGUGCUCUGGCACAGGGUCUUAGUACCACAGGGACUGGUUUUGGGACAUUCCUAAUCACAGUCCUGCUGAAAUACCUAUGUGCAGAGUUUGGCUGGAGAAAUGCCAUGAUUAUACAGGGCGCAGUUACCCUCAACUUGUGUGUAUGUGGAGCACUCAUGAGACCUCUGGACCAAGUGGAGAAGAAUUGGAGAGACUGCAUGGAGAAAAUAAGUGAUCACAAAGAAAUUAGUGGACCCACACUGCUAGAUAAUGAAGACGGGAAAGCUAAUGGUGUAUUACAUGAGGAGGUGAAAAAUGGAACAGCUACAGUAGAUCAUGAAACAUCAUGCAACAAGGAGAGUACCAUAAAUGAGAUGGUCACUAAAGACAUGAGUAAACUAGGAAUUCUGAAGACCGUUACUCGAAUGACCGUAGCAGUAAGAUCUGGAUGCCGAGCCUGGUAUUCGAGCUACUUUGGAACUGCUUCCCUCUUCACCAAUAAAGUAUUUGUAGCAUUUGUCUUCUGGGCACUGCUGGCCUACUGCAGUUUUGUAAUUCCAUUCAUUCACCUGCCGGAGGUGGUAAAGCUCUAUGGCGUGUCCGAGCAGAACAACAUUUUUCCUCUCACCUCAAUUAUUGCCAUUGUGCAUAUUUUUGGCAAGAUUAUCUUGGGCUACCUUGGUGAUUUGCCAUGUGUCAGUGCAUGGAAUGCCUUCAUAGUUUCCAAUUUCACACUGGGCGUUAGCAUUCUCAUUCUUCCGCUCAUGCACACAUAUACCAGCCUUGCCUUGGUUUGCGCACUUAUAGGGUUUUCCAGUGGGUACUUCUCUCUCAUGCCUGUUGUUACUGAAGAUUUGGUUGGGAUCAAGCAACUGGCAAAUGCCUAUGGGAUCAUAAUCUGUGCCAAUGGAAUUUCAGCACUUUUGGGACCACCCUUUGCAGGUAAAAUAUUCUGUUAUUUGUAUCAUUGCAUGGCCAGCAGUUGUAGAACUUGACCUUCCGUGAUGCUUUGUCAGCCUCAAGGAUAGAAAGGUAUCAUGAAUAAUGUAGUUCAGUUAUGAAUAGGGAUCUACUGUUGGUCAGACCUAUAACAAGCAGAGAAGCUUUGAUAGCCCCUUGAUAGAGAGAUAUAUCCCUGCAUUGAUUUAGCUUUAAAGUUAUAAUAGAAAAUUAAGAAAAUUUAAUUAAAAAAGUACCAAUAUUUUAUUUUUUAUGUCUGUAUGUUAUGAGUAUUUGAUGCUGAAAGAAUGUGAACUUUUUGAUAAAUAAAAACACAGAAAGUAGCUCUGUACUCAAACUCCAUGCUCUUGGUUGGCAGUAAUGGCUAUAGUAUUGAUCAGCCUUAAUAUAUAAGCCGAAAAGUUACCUGCACACUAUUCCAAAUCCAUGUGUCCAUUUAAAUAAAAAAAAUUUGGUAGCACUGUAGUGAUCAUUAAAGUGUAAGCUCACCUGCCAGUAUCAAACUAAACCUCUUGGUUUGGGUGUGUUCUGUGCUAAUGUAAAGUACCUUGUUGCUUUCUGGUAAAAGGCAAAAUCAGUAAUUAGAUAAAAGUGGUGAUUCUUAUGAAUCCUUAAAAACUAGCUAACCAUAAAGUGGUUAAGAUAAUUAAAAGCUGGGUUUCUAGCGUGUACGGUUGUAAAAGGGUAGGCAACUCAAGCACACAAACCAGAGUCUUUCCAAUAAAAGGUGCGUAGAAGAAGAGGGAGCAGUGCCUUGAUAUGUUUCUGCGGUAGAUGUGUUCUCAGUUGUAGUAUGAUAUGUGGAAACAAAGAUACAGCAGAAAAUAGUGUAGUUAGUAUGUCCCACAUACAGUGGCAAAAUAAGAAGUGAAACUGCACUUACAGAUAGCUCUAUUUAAAUGCGCACCAGCUGUACAAUCCCCACCUAGGGAUAUUUGGUGUCUUCUAUUAGUUAAAGUGCUUCUGUGAAGGGGAACUCCAAUCAAGUAUGUUGGCUCCAGAUGAGUUACAGUGUUCCCCAACCCAGUCCUCAUGGACCACCAACAGUCCAGGAUUUAUGUAUUUCCCUUUUUUAUUUAAAUAUUUAUAAAUUACCAACAAUGUACCCUUCAUGUAUUGUUUAAAGGGUUAUUUCAAAUUGAGUACUACAGACCAAGAACAAACUGAUAUGGAAGACUGAAGCUCUUUGCAAGUUUACAAUGUAGCGAAAUAUAGAUGAAAACACAGCUGGAUUGAUUCACCCUGGGACAGCAAUCUGGAUCUCUCACCCUGUUCCAAAUUAUUAUGCAAAUGAUAUUUUUCUCAUUUACCUAAAUAAUUGAUGUAAAAAACAAUCAGCAUAAUUCUCAUGUUAUAAGAGUACAAUUCAAAUUUUAUUGAACAAACCUCCUAAUGAUAACAGUAUUUUUUUUAACAUAAAAAAACUUACAAUGCACUGUUCCAAAUUAUUACGCACAGUAAGUUUCAAAACACUUUAUAGGUUUGUAAAGAACUGAAAAUUGUCAUUUGUUGUGUUUGCAGCAUAUUUACUGAAAUCAAAAGCUAUUUCAUUCAAACUUAUAAUAACAUUUUAACUUUUUAAACACUGUAUCGGGUCAAGUUACAUUUUAACAUAGGACCCCUUAUUUGAUAGCAGCUUCACAAGUCUUGCAUCCAUUGAACUUGUGAGUUUUUGGACAAUUUCUGCUUGAAUUUGUUUGCAAGAUGUCACAAUAGCCUCCCAGAGCUGCUGUUUGGAUGUAAACGGCCUCCCACUCUCAUAGUUCUUUUACUUGAGGAUGCUCCAAAGGUUCUCAAUAGGAUUGAGGUCAGGGAGGAUGGAGGCCACACCAUGCCUUUCUCUCCUUUUAUCCCCAUAGCAGCCAUUGAUGCAGAGGUAUUCUUUGCAGCAUGAAAUGGUGCAUUGUCAUGCAUGAAGAUGAUUUUAUUACGGAAAGCAUAGUUCUUCCUUCUGUACCAGGGAAGAAAGUGGUCAGUCAGAAACUCCACAUAGUUUGCAUAGGUCAUCUUUACACCUUUGGGGACCCUAAAGGGGCCGACCAGCAUUCUUCCCAUGAUACCGGCCCAAAACAUGACUCCACCACCGCCUUGCUGACGUCGCAGCCUUGUUGGAACAGGGUGGCCGUCCACCAACCAUCCACUACUCCAUCCAUCUGGACCAUCCAGAGUUGCAUGGCACUCAUCAGUGAACAGGACUGUUUGAAAAUUAGUCUUCAUGUAUUUUUCUGCCCAAUGCAGCCGUUUCUGCUUGUGAGCAUUGGUUAGUGGUGGCCGAAUAGAAGUUUUAUGCACAGUUGCAAGACUCUGGAGGACUCUACACCUUGAUGUCCGCGGGGCUCCAGAGGCACCAGCAGCUUCAAAUAUCUGUUUGCUGCUAUGUAAUGGUAUUUUAGCAGCUUCUUUCUUGAUCCGAUGCAUGGAUCUGGCAGAAAUCUUACUCAAUGCGCCUAUAUCUGCACGAACCCGUCUGUGCUCUGAAUCAGCCACAAAUCUCUUAAUAGUGCUUAAGUUUUCAUGAAAUAUCUAAUGUUUUCAUACCUCGUCCAAGGCAUUGAACUAUUUCACUCUUUUUGGCAGCAGAGAGAUCCUUUUUCUUCCCCAUAUUGCAUGAAAAUGGUGCUCUGCUUAAUAAUGUGGAACAUCCUCAUUUAGUAGUUUUUCCUUAAAUUGGGCUUGCCUGGCAAUCUAAUUAUCACAGGUGUCUGAGAUUGUUUUCAGUGAUCAAAAGAGCCCUGAGACACAAUGCCAUCCAUGAGUUAAACUGAAAAACUAAAUAUUUAAUCUUUGUGACAAAUAGAAUUUGUAUAAUAAUUUGGAACAGGGUGUAGGUAGUAUCAAAGGAUUCUUUAGAUAACAUUCACUAAUAUUCUAAGUAACAAUAUACUUACUUAACUAUCACCAGUUUAUGUGUAUUAUUUGAGUAGGAGGUAAAAUACUUUAGUUAUAUUUACCUGCACUAAGAAAAUAGCACUUGAUUCAAUAAACAAAACCCUUGAUUUCAACAAACAAAAAAUAAAUUAAAUUUAAGACGCGGCAAAGCUUUUAAAGUUUAUCAAGUUGAAAGCAAACACACACAAAAAAACUGCAUAACCAAAAAAGGUAAACAAAAAAAAAGUACAGAGUUUACAGUGAUACCAUAGUGCCAGGAAAUGUAAAGAGUACUCUGGUGCCUUUUCCCGGUAAUGGGGCAAACCCACCAGUCUCCUGGUCUAUGAUGCAAAUUUACGACGCCCAGUUUAUGCAGAGUUUCAGGAGCUGGAUGCCGAUCCUGACACUUAUUCAUUGCCUGAGAGUGUCAGCUGAUCGCCCUCAGCCAAUAAAUCAGCACCUCUUGUUUUGGGCUGCCUAAUGACGCCUCAACGAUGCUGACAGAGGUGGCGUUACACCUCCAGCAUCAGAGGUUAAACUCUAUUUUUGUUGUGUUUCAUAGCAAAAUGCUGAACAUACAGACUGCAGGCACCAUGACCACUUCAUAUCACUGAGUGGUUGUGGUGCUUGGAAUAACCCUUUAGUGUAGGUUGAAUUAAUUUUUAGAGGUCACUGUGAAAGCAAAUUCUGGAGACAGGUCUCUAAGGAAAUGCCUGGGGGCACAAGACAUGUAAGGUGUCCCUUUGCUGUUUUUCUCUACUCUGUAACCAUGGCAUUUUUGUAUUGAUUUUUGUUUCAAUAAAGAGAACAUGAUUCUGCACUGAUUACUGAUUAAGGAGUGGAUUUUCAUUCAUUGUUUCCGACAUUUGCUAUUACGCUCCUAUCUCCAUUCCAAGAACCUUUCCUCAGCUCUUGCUGCAGCCCAACUGCAAAGCUGAGAAAGAUGUUCUUCUCGAAUAUUGUUACAUGUCAGGCUUUGGUCACAUCUUGCUGAAUUAUAGAGGUCUUUGGAAAGCUAGGUUGUGCAGGAUAAGUGAGAAUUGAGGUUUGAUAGAAAGUGUAAUUUCUGUGGAAAUGAGAUGUUGGCAGAUUGAAAGAUAGGCUCUAAAGAGACGGUGAUAAAGAACAAAGACGGAAAUAACCUGCAAGAUUAAUGCAAAGACCAAAUACUAAAAGGACGGAGAUGUUACUGAGGAGCUUUGCAAGUUAGUGUCUGGUGUCAAAUUUCCUUGCGGAAUGGGGAGAAUUUGAGAGAGAAUGGCUAGUUUGUGUUGCUCGUAUUCUUCUGCAACAACAUCUGUCCUGCAGAUUAGAUAAUGAAUUUAGGAGCAUAUAAUGGUAUUUCUGAAUAUGAAAUCUUUUUUAGGAACAGUGCUGUUUAGGGUAAAGAAAAUCAUACAUGGGUUAUAAAGGUGUUUGGUAGAAUCUGUCAAACCUUAUGGUAUAUAUUUCAUAAGAUCGGUGAUCAGCAAUAGACUAUUCCUUUUCUUUCCACGUCUGAAAGAUAAUUUGUUCAUUGAUGUGUUUCCAAGUUAGAACUUGGAAAUGGGUGUUCUCUCCUGUCCAACUGUAGACUGGUCUUAAUGAGCAGAGGAAUCAUGCGAGGUUGGUGUGAUAGCCAGCGCACCACAUGGAAAUCAUCCAACAGGCACAGACCACCAACACUUCAAAGAGAAAACUUCUUCUCUUUUUAUUUGGAAUACAUUAAAAUAAUUUCCACAGUGAGGAAAUGGACAAAUAAUGUAUAAACCUUCUUCAAAUAGACAUCAGUCUGAGCAUACCACAAGACAGAAUUAUUUUCAUAGUCUUACAUUGCAAGUUUUUUUACUGCCAGUGGAAUCUGUUUAUUCUAUGUAAAGUCUGUGCUUGCAUGAGUUGGUUAAGUUGCUAUAGUUAAAUACCUUCAGGUCAGUUGGCGCUCAGUCUAAACACGCAGCCAAGGCAGUGAUUCACAGGUACUCCCAGAGUUAAUAAAUCCCAGGAGCUAUGCCUCUGAAAAAUGUUACUGCAGAUAUAUUAUUAUAUGUAGAACUGCCUGGCUCCUCAAAUAAAAUAGCUUGGUUCAUAACAAAGGGUUACACAAUACAUAUUUUAGUAAAUUCCAUUGCCUAAUCACAAAGGCUACUGGGGGUGCGAAAUGAUAAUCUUGUACAUUUAGAUUUGGCAGAUACCAGGAUAUCGGCCGGACUAAUGGAGUCAGCAAUACCCUGAAUCUUAAUAUUGAUGCGUCUGUUACAGUUCUCUGCCAGAUCAACUCUCGUUGCUAGGGUAGAUUGGGAGGAUAGCAUUUUGUGGACAGUUUCCUCUACCUACUCCCUCAGGUCUAGAAUAUCCUCUUUAGAGGCCUGUGUGCAUAAGGUCACCGCCUGCACUUCAGUCCUUAGCAAGCCAAGGUCCGCAUCUGUUGCAUUUCCUGUAGUAGGUCAGCAAUGUCUUGCUUGGUGGCCGCUAUUAACUUGCAUCGAUCUACCGACUCCGCUGGGGUGGCCGAGUUGUAGAAGGCUUCAUUAAUUCCUCUGCAUUCUCAUCGGAGCCAUUUGGGUUAUAUUUGCGGUCCAGCGAGGCUGCCAUCUUGGAGGCCGCAGGGUGCUGUAACAUGGCACAUAUACCCUGGGUGUCCUGUCCUUGAUGGGACAUGGUUAUGGCCUCUGGGAUCUUCUUCCCAUAUUGUUGAUAUCUCGUGUGGGAGGCUUGCUGAGAAACUGGGGUGAGCUUGAUGUGUCUGCCGUUGGCACUGUUACCUCUGGUCUGGCCAUUACAGUACCGAACUCGAGGUAGGCCCAUCAGAUAUCUGUGAUCAGGGGCCCAGCGGGGUGCCAAUGCCCUUGAACAGGCUGACCAGGCCCCUGAUAGAUGGUGCUGGCAAGAAGUGAAAGCAGAUUACUUCCUCCCAGUUAACAUAGACAACUGCAUAGUGAGGACUGGAUGCAGAGAAGGGGGAGAGAUAGAGGAGGCAGAUGUGUAUCAGUGCCAGUAUGUGUGUGUGUGUCAUUGUGCAUGUGUAUCUGUGUCAGAAUGUGUGUAUCUGUGUCAAUAUGUGUAUGUGGGUAUCUGUGUGUAUGUGUAUCUGUUUGUGUGUCAGUGUGUAUGUGGAUCUGUGCCAGUAUGUGUGUGUACAUAUGUCUGUGUCAAGGUGCAUGUGUAUCUCUGUGUGUGUCAGUGUUAAUGUGUAUCUGUGCCAGUAUGUGUUUGUAUCUGUGUGUGGAAGUUCAUCUGUGUCAGUAUGUGUGUGUGUCAGUAUACCUGCCAGCAAGUGUGCAUAUGUGUGUGUCUCAGUAAGUGUGUGUAUCUACGUGUGUGUGUGUGUGUGUGUAUCUGUGUCAGCAUGUGUGCAUCUUUGUGUGUGUGUCAGUAUAUGUGUGUAUGCAAGUGUGUAUGUGUAUCUAUGUCAGUAUGUGUGUAUCUGUGUGUGUGUCAGUGUGUAUAUGUAUCUGUGCCUCUAACAUACUCAACAAUAUAACACCGAGACCCAUUUAUUAAAGGGACACUAUAGUCACCAGAACAACUACAGCUUAUUGGAUUUGUUCUGGUGAAUAGAAUCAUUACCUUCAGGCUUUUUGCUGUAAACACUGUCUUUUCAGAGAAAAUGCAGUGUUUACAUUACAGCCUAGUGAUAACUUCACUGGCAACUCCUCAGAUGGCUGUUAGAGAUCCUUCCUGGGUCAUGGCUGCCUAAAAUGCAUCGAAACAUUCAAUAUCUCCUCCCUCUGUAUGCAGACACUGAACUUUCCUCAUAGAGAUUCAUUAAUUCAAUUCAUCUGUAUGAGGAGAUGCUGAUUGACCAGCGCUGUGUUUGAAUCAUGCUGGCUCUGCCCCUGAUCUGCCUCCUUGUCAGUCUCAGCCAAUCCUAUGGGGAAGCACUGUGAUUGGAUCAGGCUUCCACUUCUGCUGAUGUCAGCAGAGUGAUUGUUGUUUUUGUUUGAGGCAAACAGCAUGCAGAGUUACAGCUUGAAUACGGUAAGAUGUUGCUUGACAUGCGCAUCAUCGUCCUUUUGGCCUAUUCCUGUUAUAAACCAAUUAGAGACCUUCAAGAAUUACAGACACAUGAAUUUUGCCAAAAUAUUCCACGGCUUUAUUAAAUGUAUAAAUAAUAAAAUAUAAAUUUAAAAGGUCAUUGUCAACAACGAUUAGGAAGACAUCCCCCCAAUUAACAUAACUAUACACCAAGACAAUGACCUAAACCAUUUUACAGAAUACAUCCAUAUAACCAUAUAACAUAGUAUAAAUAACAUAAACAUUAACAUAGCCACCCAGGGCAUCCAUUUCCAAUUGUAGGGGCAUACCAAGACACCCGUACGCCAUUAUCACAGCCACCAAGGGCAUCCCUUUCCACUGUAGGGGCAUACCAAGACACCCCUACACCAUUAUCCCAGCCACCAAGGGCAUCCAUUUCCAGUGUAGGGGCAUACCAAGACACCCUUACACCAUUAUCCCAGCCACCAAGGGCAUCCAUUUCCAGUGUAGGGGCAUACCGAGACACCCCUACACCCCCAGGUUCGGAGCUACCGACGAGCUCGAACCUACCACCAAAUCCAAAGGUAAGUAUUCCCCUGACCUAUCCCACUUACCAAAAACCGACCUACCCCCCAAUUAACCUAAUCCAUCCCCCGCCGCCGUGACAAAACGGAGGAGCCAUACCGCUUGGCCAUCAACAAACUGAAAUUAGGGAGGGUGGGCGGGACAGCUACCAACAGGUAAGGGAUUUAAAAUUAAAAUGGAAACUGAAUUAAAAUGGCCGAUUUUUAUAUGGGAAACUUAGGCCACUCCCCUAACUGACCUCCACCAAUCAAACCACACCUCAUUCAUAGGCCUGCCUCCUAGCUCUGUCAAGGCCCAUUCCACCUAGCUUGCUGUUCCAUGGGCUUCAAUAUUUAUGGAGGCAUGAAGGGGUCAGGGGGGUCUAGAUGGUAGUUUUAACACUAUAGCGUAAGGAAUACAUGUUUGUGUUCCUGACCCUAUAGUGAUUCUUUAAUGUGCGGCAUAAGCUAAAAAAGGUGGUACAGACACAUCAUAUGUGCAUGAUAAGUCUACAUCAAUAAGUGAUAGAGUCUGCAAAAUUCACAUUUUAGGGCUUUUUUUAUGCAAUAUUAUGGAUUAGAUUAUUUUAAUAAUGUAUUGAAAAUUGAAAAUAGGGUUCCUUUCAAGACUUACUUGUCACAAUAAGUAGUGUCCAGUCUAAAGUGACAAUUUAAGUAGUAUAAUAAACAGGCCUUAUUUCUCAAUAGGCAGUGUAGGCACCUACCUAAAGGCACAUGUCCUAUAGAGGGGGCCUGUUUUUAGCACUUAGUGGCACUUAAUAGCAGACCUUCUGUGGCAAACCUACAUAUUUUGUUUCCCAAAAGUUACUUCCUCUGCGUUCGGUAGAUAAAUCUGGUGAACACCAACCAUCCCCUGGCUCAUUAAGUUACAAAAAAAAACCCACAGAAUUAAGUGCUCUCCCUGUGUGGCCGCCAUUCGUAUAACCGAACAACACGUGCUGUAGAAAACGGCGGCCAUCUUGUCACAUGAAAAUAGGCAGCGGGACUUGGUCGUCGAGUGUCUGGAACUCCAAGUCGGACACUCCACCCCGCGAACACCUGGCAAACUUCACAAAUGCCUUUUCAAAGACAAACCAGGAGAGCACUGUUCGGUAGGUUUGUUCGCACAGGGGAACUGUUCGUCUUUUUGUUUGGUUUGGAACUCCCGAAAUUGACUGACCGCUACCACUGAAACUAUGGAACUGAUUUAGGCAGACACCUCAUGAACGGUCAGUCAAAACGUUACCCCAGUGGUGACUCGGCUGUAUUCGUGGGAUCUAAACAUGCUUUUUGGACAACUUGGGUGCUCAGAUCCAAACCAACUGGGGAUAUAAUAUUUGUGGGGUUCCUAUAUGUCUUAUAUGUGUUUUUAUGUAUUUUUUAUAGUUUAUGUUUUAUGCACUGUCAUGCUGAGUAAGAAAUUCAUGGGCAUGUUGUGGGAGUUUUAUGGGCUUGUUUAACUAUAUCCCUGAUAUUUAUAAAAGCAGGCCAUCUGGCUAGAAUAAAAUAUUCCUGUUGUACCCUUUAUCUAGUCUUGACUGAUGUUUGAGUAUGUGACCAACGAGCCCUUGGAUUUCCUUUCAUGCUUCACUUUGAUUUUCGGGAACGUAUGAAUCAGCGCUCCAUGUGAACGGCCUAUAAGUCCCUAGCAGUUUGGGGCAUACGAAUGAACGGGUAUACGAAAUACCAGCGUUCGUAACACCUUCAAACUCCUCAUGUCUUAAACACCACUUUUCAGUAAAUGUAACCCAUACAACCUAAACAAACCCUUAUUGUAGUCCCACAUUUAAGCACUCAAAGCCUAAACCUGAAAAAAACAAAACAGUAAUGUACUCGAUACUACAUUUAACCCAACUCUAACUCUAACCCAACUCUAAUGGAAUAUAAUAUUGUUUGAAGUGUAUUAUCUAUGUUAUCAUUGGAUUACAUGGAUAAUACACUUACAUGGGUUACAUUAUGUUUUGUAAUUGGAUACAAUUUUAUGGUGAUACUGUGUUCUCUGUCACCUUAAGUCCUAAAGCAGAAUGGAUCAAUGUGCUUGCUAGCACAUGGGUGAAACAAGGCCAUUUACACUGCUUCAAUUUCUCAAUUUGCAAGAAAAGCCAAUUGUUUUUUUUUUGUUUUUAUGUCAUGGUCUAUUGAUGGCCUUUUUAUGUAAGAGAGCAAGUCAAUUAGAUCUAAAACAAUGCCUUCUUCUAUUUACAGAAGGGAGUGUUUAAACACACAUGUAUUGCAGGUACACAUAACUGUGAGUUUUAUUGUUGUGGAUCUCUUUGAUUCCCUCUGACAGAACAAUAAAGAGCUCGUAGGUAAAUGAAAACAAGACCAAGAUACACGUAUAUGCCAAAGAUGGACUGAUUGUCCUUCCAAACCAGGGACAAUUGGAAGGUAUGCAACCUUACAAUAUUGCCAACCUUUAGAUGAUGGAACGUAGCUAUAUUGGUACAUCAGAUAACCCCCAAAUUUGGAGUGAAUCAAAGCACCACUAAUAGUAAGCCUCUCAUUUAUAGACAAAAAUGACUGGCUUGAUUGGUUCUUUUUAAGAACAAUACUGAAUUACAUACACAUCAAAGGAAAAAAGUAGCCCACACCGCUGGGUGCUGUAUGCUGAUAAUUACUCUUCUGUACAUUAACUUAAAAUUUAAAAUAUAUGUCGCUGCCCAGAUAGGAUGGAGUACCGUAAGUUAAAUAAAAACAGGAUAUAUGGAAUCUUUAAAGAGGUGGGUGUGUUAUUACUGCAAAAACAAAUAAAGAGUGAUCAAAUCAUGAACUUUUAAAAAUGGUUUGACAUUGAUGGCACCAUAACAUUUACAUUGAGUUGGAGUAGUAAUCAUGAUCAGGGCCGGUGCAAGGAUUUUUGCCGCCCUAGGCAAAAGUAAAGUUUGCCGACCCCCCCACUUCAUGUGACAUCACAAUGCCCCACCCAUAUGAUCUGCCAUGUUAACUAACGCCAGUGCUGCAGUGCCGCCGUGUUUACUUUAAAAAGCCUGCAGGGACAGGCUAUAGACACCAGAACCACUACAUUAAGCUGCAGUGGUUCUGGGAGAACGGGAAGCAGCUCCAUUUUUUGGGGACCCUUUACACAGCUCAAGGUCUGGGUCCCAGGGUCCACCUUCAUGUUUCACCAAUGAGUUUGUUCACAGGAGGUGGAGUGUGUAGGGGAUGUCCUAAUAUGUGUGUAAGGAAUGCAUUGUGUGAAUCUGUGUUUGUAUGUGUAAGGGCUGCAAGGUGUGUUUCUGUGUAUGUACGGGAUGCAGUGUGUGCGUCUAUAAGGGGUGCAUUGCGUGUGUGUAAGGAAUGCAUUGUGUGUUUCUGUGUGUGUAAGGGAUGCAUUGUGUGUAAGGGUUGCAUUGCUUGUGUGUGCGUCUCUCUGUGUGUGUGUAAUGCAUUGUGUGUUUUUCUGUGUGCAAGGGGUGCAUUGUCUUUGUGUAUAAGGGGUGCAUUGUGUGUGUGAUGGAUGUCAAUCUCUCCCCUCUCCCUUGUCACUCUCUUCUCCCCACUCUCCCUCCCUUGUCAUUCUCUUCUCCCCUCCCCACUCUCAUUCCCCCUCCCUUCCCUGUCACUCUCACCCCCUGUCAAUUUCUUUCUCCCCCCCUCCCUGUAAAUUUCUUUCUCUCCCCCCUCCAUGUCAAUUUCUCCCCCGUCAGUUCUUUCUUCCCCUCCCAUUUCCAGUUCUUUCCUCUCAUUAAUUUCUUUUCUCCCCAAAUCAAUUUCUUUCUCCCCCCUGUCAAUUUAUUCCCCUGUCAAUUUUUUCUCCCCGUCAAUUUAUUUCUCCCCGUCAAUUUAUUUUUCUCCCCUUCAAUUUAUUUCUCCCCCCUGUCAAUGUCUUUCUCCCCCCUCCCUGUCAAUUUUUUUCUCCCCUGUCAAUUUUUUUCUCCCUCCCUAUUUCUUUCUCCCUUCCCUGUCAAUUUCUUUCUCCCCCCCCCUGUCAAUUUCUUUCUCUCCGUCCCUGUCAAUUUCUUUCUCUCCACCCUCCCUGUCAAUUUCUUUUUCUCCCCCCCCCCUCCUGUCAAUUUCUUUCUCCCCUGUCAAUUUCUUUCUCCCCCCUGUCAAUUUCUUUCUUUCCCCCUUGUCAAUUUAUUUUUUCCUCCCCUCCAUGUCAAUUUAUUCCCCAUCAAUUUAUUUCUCCCAGGUCAAUUUAUUUUUCCAUCAUAUUUUAUUUCUUUCCCCUCCUGUCAAUUUAUUUUCACCCUGUCCAAUUUAUUUCUCCCCCCUGUCAAUUUCUUUCUCCCCCCCAUCAAUUUCUUUCUCCCCGUCAAUUCUUUCUCCCGUCAGUUUCUUUCUCCCCCUCCUGUCAAUUUCUUUCUCCCCAAUCAUUUCUUCCCCUGUCCAAUUUCUUUCUCCCCCCCUCCUCAAUUUCUUUCUCCCCGCCUCCCUCCCCUAUCACUCUCUCACCCCCUGUCAAUUUCUUUCUCUCCCCGUCAAUUCCCCUACCUGUCAAUUUAUUUCUCUCCCUCCUCCCUGUCAAUUUAUUUCUCCCCCCCGUCAAUUUUUUCCCCACCUCCCUGUCUAUUUCUUCCCCCCUGUCAAUUUCCCCCCCUGUCAAUUCCCCCCCCCCUGUCAAUUUCUCUCUCCCCACCCCCCUGUCAGUUUUGCUCCCCCCCUCCCUGUCAAUUUCUUUCUCCCCCUCCCCUGUCCAGUUUCUUUCUCCCCACCAUCAGUUUCUUCCCCUGUCCAGUUUCUUUCCCCCCUCCUGUCAGUUCUUUCUCCCCCUGUCAGUUUCUUUUCUCCCCCCGUCAAUUUCUUUCUCCCCUCCUGUCAGUUUCUUUCUUCCCCACUCCUGUCAAUUUCUUUCUCCCCUGUCAAUUUCUUUCUCCCCCACCUCCUGUCAAUUUUCUUUCUCCCACUUUGUCAGUUGUUUUUAUGUCUUUCUUCCCCCCAUCAAGUUUCUUUCUCCCCGUCAAUUUGUUUUCCACCACCCCUCCUGUCAAUUUCUUUCUCCCUCUCCUGUCAAGUUUCUUUCUCCCCAUCAAUUUCUUUCUCCCCUGUCAGUUUCUUUUCCCCCCCCCUCCCUUGUCAAUUUCUUUCUCCCCUUUUUGUUUUCACUCUUUCUUUCUCCCCUCUCCCUGUCAAUUUCUUUCUCCCCCCGUUUUUUUUCCCCCCCUCCCCUGUCAAUUUCUUUCUCCCCCUCCCUGUCAAUUUCUCUCUACCCCCCUCCCUGUCAAUUUAUUUCUCCCUCCUCUCCCUGUCAAUUUUUCUCCCCCCUCCCUGUCAAUUUAUUUCUCCCCAUCAAUUUCUUUCUCCCCUCCUGUCAAUUUCUUUUCUCCUCCUGAUCAAUUUCUUCCUCCCCGAUCCAAUUUCUCUUUCCCCUCCCCUGUCAGUUCUUUCUCCCCACCCCUGUCCAGUUUCUUUCUCCCCUGUCAAUUUCUUUCUCCCCCCUCCCCUGUCAAUUACUCCCCCCCCGUCAAUUUCUUUCUCCCCCCUCCCAUACCUCUGUUGUAGCGUGGCCGAGCUCUGUAUGGUCCGCGGGUACAAGGAGCUUUUGUUUCCUGUACCCGGCCGGACUAAAAGGAAGUGCACACUCAGUGUUAGUCCAGCUCGGCCACGCUACAGUGAGGGAGUGACAGGAGGGAGCGCUGAGUGCUUCCCUCCUGUCAGCCCCUCUUCUCAUACUGCGCCCGGGCGGUGCGCCCUCAUGGACGCACCAGCCCGGGCAAAGCUGCAGCCACCUGAGGCUCUCUACAGAGUGCUCGGGCGGUUGCAGCAUGAGGGGGGCCGGCGCCCCUUCCCAAGGGGCGCCUUAGGUGGCUGCCUAGUCUGCCUAACAGGUAGCGCCGACCCUGAUCAUGAUACCCAUUUCAAUAAUGAGGAUGUAUAAGGAUCAUUAGUGAUAAUAGAGCAACUAUUGCUUGACUCUGUCAAAAGUAGGCAAACAAAAAAAUAAAUAAAAAUAAAAUAAAUCUUGAUUUUGUUAGAGCAGUGAUUUUGUUACAUUAUUUGUUAUGUUCAUGUAAUAUAAAAAAUGGUUCCCUGUUACCAUACCUCAAAACAGAAUGCACCUGUCAUGGUUGAUUAUAUAAUUCCUACCUGUGCUAUGUAACAUUUUGCAAUAUUAUUAAUAUUGGUUUUGUAUUUUAUUGUACGCUAUUGUAACAAUGCAAUGUUUUGUAGACCCAGGACAUACUUGAAAACGAGAGAAAUCUCAAUGUAUCUUUCCUGGUAAAAUAUUUUAUAAAAAUACUUGAACGUUUUCCUGUAGACUUCACAUAUGUCUUUCUGUUGUAGGUUGGAUUUAUGACAUCACUCAGAAAUACGACUACUCGUUCUAUGUGUGUGGCCUGCUGUAUAUGGUAGGAAUUAUCUGCUUGCUUCUGGAGCCCUGCCUGAAGUCAAAGAAUGAACUCUCCGAGAAAUCCAAUGCAAGUCCUGAAGUGUAAAGACCAAUCUAACCACUUUCUUACCAAAGGGUCAACAUAAAGUACGAUUACAAAGUGCAAAAGUAAUAUUUUCUGAUACUUUGUUGUAUGGGAUGGUGGGUUGUAGGACUAAGAUGUAUUGUACUUUAAAGAUCCAGUGCCACUUUCAAACUUUCCAAUUAUCGUUUUGUUUACGGUGGUCCAAUAGCCUAAGCAUUUCAUUUACAUCCCCAGAGAAUUUAGGACAAAAAAAAAAAGAGUAAUCUGUGAGAAAAUAGAAAAGGUUUUGUAGGACACAGAUUGGAAAUUAGUGGGGUUUGACUAAAAUUAGUGGAAAAUGUGUUUGAUUAUAUAGGAUUCUAUUUACAGUGACGUCUGUAAAUUUCCACUGUUUAGUGCCUUAUGGGUAAUCUAUCCCUAAGCACUCCAAAUGACCUAAUAACGGGUCUCUGAAAUACUCAAACAAAUGUGUAGAUAAAAUGGCUAAAAUCUAUUAAGGGUCCCUCUCGUUAAUGCGCUGUCACUCUUUAGAAUACAGAUAUUGAUGUUCUUAGUGCCACCAAAUACAGCCUGGUGAAGGGAUCUCUGAUAUAUGCAGGUGAAGACUAAUUUAUGAACUUAACAUGUCAAUCCAUUGUCUAUGCUCCUCACUUUUGGUGAAAUCACUCUCUUAUGCAAAACGAAUACCUUAUACCUACUGUCAAAUGUGCUCUUUGGUAAUUUUUCUUUGUGGUACACUGGAGAAAUUAUCCACAAUGGUGGGACUCCGGCACCCGAGUUUAGGUUGUUUUGGUGGACAACUGAAGAUGUAUGAGAACUCUUUACUAGAAACUCAAAAUAUUUGGUGUAUAUAAAGUGUAUAUUUACAGCAAUAAAUUACCAGAAGCCCUCCUUGCUAUAUAUGUCCAUCUGUUUAUUUGAAAUGCAGACAUUGUGCAUGAAAGAUAAGAAAAAAUAACUUAACUGGAAAUUAAUAACUGGAUUACAGAACAUUUAUAAACUGGGCAAUAAUUUCCUUUUGAGUAUGCAAAUAUUUGCACAGACCUACACCUAAUCUAUGUUCCUUCUCAGGGAAUCAGAUGUAGGUACAAUACUUUGGCUGGGUGCAGGAUUCAUUUAUGUCUAUUUUGUUGUCCCUCAUAGAUUGUAUUAUGCCAAAACAAUUAUGAUAAACUGUUGUGACACAUGUACAAAUUGUCUGUAAAAUUCUCUUGAGAAAUGAGUGUUAAAACAUAACUAUUACAAAACUACAUUUAUGUUAUUUUACUGUCAGAAAUCCUUCCCAGGCGGUUGGCACCCAUUGUAAAUCUAAAUAGGGAAUUGUUAAAGGUCAAUCAAUGUGAUAUUGCAGUAUAUGUAUGUACAGACAAAAAAAUUGUCUCCUAAUCCACAAUAGGGGUACACAAAUGAACAUUGAAGGUGACAAGAAGAAGCAUUCUGUCAGUAAGAGAAUAGCAAUACUUCAGAGAAGGGCUACUAAACUGGAUCAUGGAUUACAGGAUAAAAUUUACAAGGAAAGGUUAAAGGAUCUUAACAUGUAUAGCUUGGAGGAAAGACGAGACGGGGGGAUAUGAUAGAAACCAUUAAAUACAUAAAGGGAAUCAACACAGUAAAUGAGGAGACUAUAUUUAAAAGAAGAAAAACUACCACAACAAGAGGGGCAAAGGUUUAAAAAUAAUAUCAGGAAGUAUUACUUUACUGAGAGGGUAGUGGAUGCACGGAAUAGCCUUCCAGCUGAAGUGGUAGAAGUUUACACAGUAAAGGAGUUUAAAGCAUGCGUGGGAUAGGCAUAAGGCUAUCCUAACUGUAAGAUAAGGCCAGGGACUAAUGAAAGUAUUUAGAAAAUUGGGCAGACUAGAUGAGCCGAAUGGUUCUUAUCUGCCGUCACAGUCUAUGUUUCUAUGUCUGUUACUGUUAAAUACAAUAUGUUUGUCCUGGCUCACAAUGCACUUUGAAAUAUAUGACCAGUUUUGGUCUACAGACAUGUUGUAUUUCCUUAAUAUCAACCUAAAGUAAAGCCCCUUCCCUAGUGACAAUUGGUCAUAAAAUGGGAAAACAUGCUAUGAGACCAGUUACGCAAGGGUACUACAUUUCAUAUAAGAAUUCAAAUUUUACUACUAGCCAGGUCUUAAAAGUUACUUGCCACUGUAAGCCAUAGCAUACUCACUAAUGUCUAUUGGCAAAUGGGAACACUGUGAUAGUUUAUACCUGGUUGUUAUCUAUACACAUUAUUAAACCAGUAUAUGGAAGGCAUUAUCAUGUAGAUUUAUCGAAGAAGGUUUGUUAUGCCAAUAUAUGUAUGAUAAGGAUACUAAUAAACAGUAUUAGGACUAGUUUAGCAAGAUUGGAGUGGUGACAGAGGGUAGAGAGCAGUCUUUAUUAGGGAAAGAUACCAGGAGAAGAGGGAUGUUGAGGAGUGGGAAAAAAACAACUUAUGUAAGUUGUGAAUGAAAAGCCAUUGAUUGGCUGAGAGUGUCAGUUGACCGUUCUUAGCCAAUCAUCGGUACCACUGUCUGACGCAGCCAUGCUUGUCUGUUUUGAAAUAUAUUUUAGCAAACGGAAGGACACAGGGCAGAGAGAUGUGGCGCUGGAGCACAGACUUUGGGGCUAAAUUGUUCGCUUACGGUGUAACCCAUAAAAGUGAGCGUGUCGAGUGGUGCCUAGAGUGUUUUUAUAACCAACAAAAAUACAUGAAAUGAUCUCAAUAGAAAAAUCUAAUUAUAUUAUUUGUCAAAAUAAAAAGACAUUGUUUCAGCUACCUAUGUGGACAGGUGUCUUCAUCAGAAAAGGGGAAAUUCAACAUUUCCUCUUUCUCUGACUGUAAAUGUGAGUUUGAACCACUGAAUUGAGGAGGUACUGUGGCCUGUGCAUGCAGAUAAUAUAUAGCGCUUAGUAGCUCUAGCAGCAUGGUACCUUAGAGUGCCCCUGUCUCUGACAUCCCAUUGUAUGUUGACAACUUGUUGUUCUGUAUAAUGCAUUCUAAAUUAUAGGAAAAUAAAAGUUAUGUUUAACACAAUACUGGAAGAUGUGAAUGAGAUAUGAGCGCCACCAUCUCACCCAAGACACAAGUUUCACAUCUCUCUCAUUCUUGAAAGAGUGAGAAAAGAGUUCCAUGGUUCACUCCGAGGGAUGGUUUACUUUUAUUAUAUUGUAAAAUUAAGUAGAAGCUAAUUUACAAUCAUUUGUGUGCAAGGUUCAAGGAAGACUGAGAAAGCAAUAGAUGAGAGUUCACUUUUGAACUGAAUUACGCAAAGAAUUAAAAGUAAUUGCAUUUACUAGGGGUAUUAAAUGUAGUGAAAGUGUUAGUUGAGUUACUUGAUACAGAGUAUUAUGUAAAUUACGAAAGGAGUAAAAGACACAACGGGGGCUGGGAUUGAAAAGCAGGUGGACAUCAAAGUAUUACUAGCUGUCUGCAGCUUAGGAGAAAUUGUGACUCCUGACCUAUAAAUACCAAAAUUUAGUAGAGGUAGUUGAUUCUGUACCCUCGCCAUCAUGUGACCGUGAUCCAGGGGGGUCUGCAUGGUAUAUCAGAUGAUAAUGUCAGUCCUUGCUGUUCCAAAGUGGCAGAUCUGUUCCAGUGGAAGUACACAAACCUGCACCUCCCCACUAACUUUCUCCUUUUGGAUUCAAUACAGCCAUAUCCUGCAGUGUUUGUUCAGGUAUUAACUUGUUAUGGUUACUUGAAAACUUUUCUUAACCCUUUUAUUCCUGGAGUGCUUAGGAGAAUGCAAUAAGGAGAAAUCCACCAUGGUUAUCAGACCAAACUGCAUCUUUCCCUUUAGAUUUUAUUCAUAACCCACGUUUGCAUAAAAAAAACAAGAGGAGAUGUAUGAGUACGACCACAAUAAAAUGUGAGUUAGUGUGUCAGUGAACGUUACUCAUACAACGUGUAUGCUACACAGAACUGUGACCUGCGUGGUCAAUAUGAAUUAAAAUGGCGGGAUUGUGCAAAUGUUUUCAUUGCUUUUUUUAAUUUCUGGGAUCCAAAUAUAUGUCUACAUUACUGUAUGAGCCAUUGUUUUCUUAAUAACAAAGCACAAUAAAACGAUUAUAUUUAUGGCAGUGUGCGA